AUGCAAUUUCUUCUUCAUAUGAUCAUCUUGUUGUUAUGGCUCAUAAGUCGAGCAGCAUCAUCAUCAUCAGAUCAAUUAGCACCAAUAGCAAAGCCUAACUGUGAAACGCAUUGCGGAGAUGUUACCGUCCCAUAUCCUUUUGGGAUUGGCCCUAGCAGCAAUUGUUACUUGUAUGAUUGGUUUGAAAUUGAGUGUGACUACACUACCAUCCCACCCAGGCCUUUCUUGAGGCUUGCCAAGCUAGAGGUGCUCAGUAUUUCUAUUGAUGGCACGCUUCGGGUUAACAACCCUGUUACUUUCUUUUAUGGAGGAAAUGGAAUUCGCCAAGUAGCGCCAAAUUUGACGGGAAGCCCUUUCGUGUACUCAGAGAGAUACAAUAGACUCACUGCAGUGAGUUGUGGAUUCUUUUUGGUGGUAAGGUCAGAUGAGAAUGUUGUUGGUGGGUGCAUGUCAACUUGUGAUAAGAAUUAUCAUUCUAGACGCAAUUAUGGAUGUAUUGGUAUUAACUGUUGCCAGACUACCUUUCCGGCAUAUCUCACUGCCAUCACCGUUGAGUUGCAGGCUGAAUAUGAAGAAGCCACUGGUGGAAAUGACCACAUGGGAAUGGGAACAGGGACACGAACGGGAAUGGGAAUGGAUGGCUACAACUAUGCCUUCAUUAUUGAGCAAGAAGAGUUUGAGAAUACUUUUUCGAAUUUUACAUAUUUCCAGGACAAGGGCAGCGUUCCUGUGGUGCUAGAAUGGAGCUUAAGCUUAGACAAUAUAGAUGAAUGCAAAGGCCUUAAUAAUCGGUGUAAGAUUGAUGAUCCUGCAACGAAUUUUGGUGACACAAAUAGGUGUGAGAAUUAUGUUGGAGGUCAUAGAUGCUACUCAAUUGAAACUGGUAUUACAUGUCAGUAUUAUGGUACAGCUGAUGCUCAAUGCUUCUUCCCUACCAGAUGGUCGCUUCUCCUCUUUCCAAUCCAAAUCAUUCUUCUUGGUCUUGGCUUGAGUCUUGGGCUACUUAUAUAUGUAUACAAAGGUAUACACAAAAGGAAAAAGAUUAAACGCAAGGAAAUGUUUUUCAAACGAAAUGGUGGUUUAUUGUUAGAGCAACAAUUAUCAUCAAAUAAAGGUAAUGUAGAGAAAAUCAAGUUGUUCAAAUCCAAGGAGUUAGAGAGGUCCACCCAUAAUUUUAAAAUUAAUAGAAUUCUUGGUCAUGGAGGCCAAGGUACUGUUUACAAAGGCAUGUUGGCAGAUGGAAGAAUCGUUGCUAUAAAGAAGUCUAAAAUAGUGGAUGAAGGCAAACUUUCAGAAUUCAUUAAUGAGGUUGUGAUCCUUUCACAAAUUAACCACAGGAAUGUGGUUAAAAUAUUGGGAUGUUGUUUGGAGACUGAAGUUCCUCUUUUGGUUUAUGAAUUCAUACCCAACGGAACCCUUGCUGAGUAUAUCCAAGGGAAAGUUGAGGAGUUUCCACUUACAUGGGCGAUGCGGUUACGAAUUGCCACAGAAAUUGCAGGAGCUCUUUCCUACUUACAUGCUGCAGCUUCCUUUCCCAUUUUCCACAGGGACAUCAAAUCAACAAACAUACUUCUGGAUGAAAAAUACAGAGCAAAAGUUGCUGAUUUCGGAACUUCACGAUCAGUUUCCAUUGACCAAACUCACGUGACAACACUUGUUAAUGAUAUAGAUGAAUGCAAAGGCCUUAAUAAUCGGUGUAAGAUUGAUGAUCCUGCAACGAAUUUUGGUGACACAAAUAGGUGUGAGAAUUAUGUUGGAGGUCAUAGAUGCUACUCAAUUGAAACUGGUAUUACAUGUCAGUAUUAUGGUACAGCUGAUGCUCAAUGCUUCUUCCCUACCAGAUGGUCGCUUCUCCUCUUUCCAAUCCAAAUCAUUCUUCUUGGUCUUGGCUUGAGUCUUGGGCUACUUAUAUAUGUAUACAAAGGUAUACACAAAAGGAAAAAGAUUAAACGCAAGGAAAUGUUUUUCAAACGAAAUGGUGGUUUAUUGUUAGAGCAACAAUUAUCAUCAAAUAAAGGUAAUGUAGAGAAAAUCAAGUUGUUCAAAUCCAAGGAGUUAGAGAGGUCCACCCAUAAUUUUAAAAUUAAUAGAAUUCUUGGUCAUGGAGGCCAAGGUACUGUUUACAAAGGCAUGUUGGCAGAUGGAAGAAUCGUUGCUAUAAAGAAGUCUAAAAUAGUGGAUGAAGGCAAACUUUCAGAAUUCAUUAAUGAGGUUGUGAUCCUUUCACAAAUUAACCACAGGAAUGUGGUUAAAAUAUUGGGAUGUUGUUUGGAGACUGAAGUUCCUCUUUUGGUUUAUGAAUUCAUACCCAACGGAACCCUUGCUGAGUAUAUCCAAGGGAAAGUUGAGGAGUUUCCACUUACAUGGGCGAUGCGGUUACGAAUUGCCACAGAAAUUGCAGGAGCUCUUUCCUACUUACAUGCUGCAGCUUCCUUUCCCAUUUUCCACAGGGACAUCAAAUCAACAAACAUACUUCUGGAUGAAAAAUACAGAGCAAAAGUUGCUGAUUUCGGAACUUCACGAUCAGUUUCCAUUGACCAAACUCACGUGACAACACUUGUUAAUGGUACAUUUGGUUACUUGGACCCGGAAUACUUCCAUUCAAAUCGAUUUACAGAUAAAAGUGAUGUGUAUAGCUUUGGGGUAGUCCUUGUUGAGCUCUUAACUGGACAAAAACCCGUUUGUGCAGUAACAAGGUCACAAGAAGACGAAUAUAGAAGUCUUGCCACGCAUUUCAUUAUUUCGAUGCAAGAAGAUUGUCUAUUUGAUAUUGUUGAUGCUCGAAUUUUGAAGGAGGGCUCUAAAACAGGGAUCGAAGUAUUUGCUAAACUUGCAGGAAGAUGCCUGAAUUUUAAUGGGAGGAAUCGUCCUACAAUGAGAGAGGUCACUACUGAGUUGGAGGCCAUCCAAAAGUCAGAAACAACUUAUAAUGAAUCACUUGAGCAGCAGAAGAAAGUUGUUUCAAUUCAACACAGUCAGGUUCGGAUAUGUUGA